CGUCAGAGUGAGACCUCUGUCCAGCUCCUUCUCUGGUCCCUGGUCCCGGAAACAGCGUCAGAGUGAGACCUCCGUGUCCGCUAGCCUAGCCUGCUAGCCCAGUAAACAUGGCGGUGUCUCAGGCUCUGUCCGAGGAGGAGUUUCAUCGGAUGCAGGCUCAGCUGUUGGAGCUCAGGACUCAGAACUACCAGCUGUCUGAUGAUCUGAGGAAGAACUCUGCAGAGCUGAACGCCGUCCGUCAGAAGAAUGCGUCUCUGGAGAAAGACUAUAGCAAAGCUCAGAAGGCUUUAAAUAAGAGCAGAAAAGCUCAGGAGGUGGACGCUCUCCUCAGUGAAAAUGAGAUGCUCCAGGUGAAGCUUCACAGUCAAGAGGAAGAUUUUAGACUCCAAAACAAAACCCUGAUGUCUGAACUGUCCAAGCUUUGUACUCAGAUCGAGCAGCUGGAGCAGGAGAACCAGGAACUGAAGGGAGGAGGAGCCUCUGCAUUGGCCACGCCUCCUAACUCUGCCUCCAGCCCCGUGGACGAGGAGAUGCUUCGCCUCCAGGCCGAGAAUGCCACCCUCCAGAAGAAGAUGAGAGCCCUCCAGGACCUCUACGACAAGGAGGUCCAGAAACCGCUGGUCUCCCAGAGCAGCCAGAGUGUUACCACGGAGACAGACGGGGCCAAUGGAGUCUCUGAUGUCACAGAGCGACGGGAGGAGCCAGCGGGAGGCGGAGCCAGCAAGGACCAGGAAGAGACUGAGCUACAGCAGAAACUCCAGCAGAUACAUGGUGUCUCAGAGAAGACAGCGCUGGGCUGGUCGGAGCUGGAGACGUCCCUGAACACCGAGCGGGAGGAGAAGAGGCUCCUGAGGGAGCAGAUCCACCACCUGGAGGUACAGGCGUCCAAACAAUCUGAAAUCACCAGAUUGCAGGAAGAAAUAUCAAAGCUGUCUGAGAAGUUGAAGAAGAAGCAGGAGAGUUUCCAGCGUCUGCAGACAGAAAAGGAGGUUCUGUACAACGACAGCAGGACAAAGAUUGAGGAGAUGAACCAGAGGAAAGAGGAAGAGGUGAAGGCCUUGAACACUCGCAUCCAGAAGCUGCAGUCGGACGUCACGGCAGCCAAUCAGACGGCAGCAGAGCUGAGGGAACAGCUGCAGAGCAAAGAGAAGGAACAUGAAGUGGCUGUAAACGCCCUGAAAGACCAGGUAGCAAGUCAGAGUGCAGUCAGUCAGGAGCAGGUGGACAACAUCCUGCAGGAGAACGAUGCUCUGAGGACAAACCUAGCCGCUCUAGAACAGAUCCAGACGGUGAAGACUCAGGAGAUGAAUCUGUUGAGGGACCAACAGGAGGCGCUAACGGCCGAACGGGAGAACCUGUUGGCCCAGAGGGACGACCUGGAGUCACAGCUACAGGAGUCCAGCUUUGCCAACAGGAAGUUGUUGGAGCAGUUAACAGAAGAAGGACACGAGAAGGACAAACUGCUGCGAGAACUGGACGAGGCCAAGAAGACUGCAGAGAAGAGGAAGUCCAUGUUGGACGACAUGUCCAUGCAGCUGAACCAGGAGAAGUCCGUCCACAAGGAGGCGCUGUCAGACCUGAGGCUGCAGCACGAGAAGGAGGUCCUGGGGGUGAGGGCUCGCUAUGAGAAGGAACUGCGAGGACUCCAUGAGGACAAGAAUCGCUCUGAGGAGGAAAUACGUCAGCAGCUCAGGGAGGAGAAGGCUCGGACCAGGGAGCUAGGGGGGUUCCAGGUCCAGGUGGAGGAGCUUCAGGCUCAGCUUCAGUCCAUGGAGGAAACCAGAGGCUGCUUGGAGGGACGGCUCCAGGAAGCCCAGAACAACAUAGAGAAGAACUCUCUUCAACACCAGGAGGAGCUACAGCGUCUGCAGAGAGAACACAGUUUACAGCUGCAGGACAUGCUGUCAGAGAUGCAGGUAUUGAAGCAGCAGCUGCUGGAAGUGGACAGACAGAAGGACGAACACAUGGACACGAUUGGAAAACUGAGACAGGAGAUAAAGGACACUGUAGACGGACAGAGAAUUCUGGAGAAGAAAGGCAGCGCAGCGCUGAAGGACUUGAAGCGCCAACUGCAGCUAGAGAGGAAGCGGGGGGACAAACUCCAGGAGAGACUCCAGGACAUUCUGACCAACAGUAAAACCAGGACAGGCUUGGAGGAUCUGGUCCUGUCUGAGAUCAACAGUCCCAGUCGGACUCAGCAGACCGGAGACUCGUCCUCCGUCUCGUCCUUUUCCUACAGAGACAUGAUGAAGGAGACUCAGCCGGCCAAUCAGAGCAAGUCAGGUGGAGGCAGUCCUCAGUCCCAGCGUCCGGACUUAUCUGAGGAGGAGGUGGGGGAGUUAUUCCAGCGGCUCGCUGAGGUCCAGCAGGAGAAAUGGAUGCUAGAGGAGAAGGUGAAGCAUCUGGAGGUGAGCUGCUCCUCGAUGGCUGAGGACAUCUGCAGGAAGAGCUGCAUCAUCCAGACCUACGUCAUGGACAGCCGCAGAGAUGUCUCAGGUGGAGUAGCAGGAGGUGCCCAGGGGGACAGAGGAGGUCUGAGUUCUGUCCUCAGAGAUCUGGUGAAACCAGGAGACGAGAAUCUGAGAGAAAUGAACAAGAAGCUUCAGAACAUGUUGGAGGAGCAGCUCACCAAGAACCUGCACCUGCACAAGGACCUGGAAGUUUUGUCCCAGGAAUUAGUCCGACUCAGUAAAGACACCAGUCCUGGUGGAGGUGCUGCUGGGUCCGGAUGAGGCUAUCACCUGGAACCAGUCUGUUCAUUCCCUUCCAUGACCUCAGCCGGGCUCAGACUAACGCCUGGAACCAUCAUCUCUUCUUCCUUCCCCGCACUGUGGGCUCUGACUACUGUCUGGAGUGUUAUGAUUUCACCUUUACAGUCUGACUCCUGCGUUCGGACUAAAUGCUGGAGUAGACGUUGGUGUUGAAUGUAGUUAACCACUGUGCUGUGUCUGUUGGGUCCUGGCUAUAACCUGGAAAAUCAUAGUAACUGAUCUCCUUGAGUUCCCUUAUAAUCUAUCUGUUGGACCUGGCUAUUUCCUGGACUAGCUUGAGGUUCACAGUUAUUUCUGGUCAGAUUUGUGGAGCAAACUGCUGGUCUCCUUAAUCAGCUGAUUUUUUUUUCUUCACAUUUUAUUUUGAAAGGAUCCUAGAAAUGGAAAUGUCACCGAACUCCAGAAUUCAGAUUUGAGACGUUUCACUUUGGCCCUGGCUACGUCCUGAAGUCCAAUGUCUCUCUCUGCCUUCAUUUUGUCUGCAGCACCGCUUCAGACUGGGCCCAGACUAUUCACUUGAUUGUAAAUUGUAUUAAAUGAUCAUUUCUAAAAAAUAAAUAACUAAAAUCAUAAAAUUUAGAAAAUUUUAGAAAAACAUAUUUCAGCUGAACUCCAAGACAAAGUCUGCUCCCUUCAUGUUUUAGAAUUUGGAUGUGACAACAAAAAAUAUGUAGAUGAAUUUUGGGUCAAAGAUGGUUUUGUCCUCGGCUGUGUCUAUGGCCUGGACCACAUGAACUAACUUGUCUUGCACUGUUCCGUUGUCCCAGGGAUAAUACAACCUUUUAUCUUUUGUUGCUCUGCUUUGGCUUAGUGUCGGGCUGAGUCUAUUUCCUGCUUUGAAUGCAUCUGUUAUGACUGUAUCUUAAACUCUGUAAAAUUCGCCUCCUGUUUGCCUUGGUUUCUUCUCUUGUCCUCAUGGUUCUGACUAUGUCCUGGACUGUGUUGUAACCGCCUGUAAAAUGCUGCUUGGUUCUUUGAAAGUUAAAACUGUAAAGUCGUGUUAUAACCACCUGAAGGGAGACUGAGCGGGAUCAGUCUAUGUGCUGAACAGCGUUUGUUUAACUCUAUGUGUGUAUAUAUAUAUAUGCUGUGAUGAUAUGACUUGUACCAGUUUGAAGAAUCAACUGAAUUAUUUAUGAUUAUGACGCUAAUUAUUGUAACGACCUGAUAAAGUUGUGACUGACCACG